AUGCUAUCACUUUUAUUGAGUACAAUUAUUUUUACUUUUAUUCUAUUUGAUAAAGCAACUGCUCGACGUCGAAAAUGCCCAGAUGGAUUUUGGAAGGAAGAUGCUAUUAUACAAGCGCUAAUGGAAAAUUAUACUAAAAUAUUACCUGAAAUUGAAGAUGCUGUACAAGUAGAUGUUGAAAUACAUGUACAGGAUGUUUCAGCAUUGAAUGAAAUUACCGCUGAUUUUAACGUUGACAUUUUAUACACACAAUUAUGGAAUGAUCAAUCAUUAAGUUUUGCUAAUUAUAAUGCUUGCAAGCGAAAUAUAACAAUGGAAUCAAAGUUUAUAACACAUAUUUGGACACCAAAUACAUGUAUAAUUAAUGCAAAACGAACAAUGAUACAUGCUUCACCAACUGAUAAUAUUAUGGUUAUCUUAUAUGAAAAUGGUACUAUAUGGGUUAAUUAUCGAAUGUCUGUCAAAGCACCUUGUGAUCUUGACCUGAGAAUAUUUCCUUUUGAUACUCAAUCUUGUACUUUAAGAUUUGAAUCAUAUUCGCAUAAUAAAGAUGAAGUAACAUUACGAUGGAUGAAAAAUGCGAUUACAUUAAUGAAACCGGUUCAGUUACCGGAUUUCGAUUUAGUAUGUUAUAGGACAAAUAAUGAGACAAUACUUUAUCCAAAUGGUUAUUGGGAUCAACUUCAGGUUAUUUUUACUUUUAAACGACGUUACGGAUUUUAUAUUCUACAAGCAUAUAUACCAACUUAUUUAACAAUUAUUGUUAGUUGGGUUGGCUUUUGCAUGGAACCUAAGGCAUUGCCAGCACGCACAACGGUUGGUGUGUCAUCUUUGCUUGCUUUGACAUUUCAAUUUGGUAAUAUUCUCAAAAAUCUUCCACGAGUUUCAUAUAUUAAAGCUAUGGAUGUUUGGAUGCUCGGUUGUAUUACAUUUGUUUUUUGUACAAUAGUUGAAUUAGCAUUUGUAUGCUUCAUAACACGUUGUUUUGGUGGAAAUUUGAAGAAAAAAAUAACAAGAAAACAACGACAAUGUAAACAACAUCGUUCACAACAAUUAUGCUUGUCAUCAGUAUCACCAAAUACUAAUGAUAUUUAUCAUCGUCCUGAUUGCUUAUCAAGAACUUACUCAUUAUUUCCAUCAACAAAUUUAAUGCAUGGAAGAAAACAAAAGGGAAAAUUGCAAAAUAAUACGAUGGAAGCAUCAAUCUUUCGAAAAUUACCAUCACCAUCAUUAAGUAUACAAAAUUUAUCUCAUCCUACUCAUAUUUCAGAGGUUACAAAUUUCGAUGUUGAUGGAUUAUUUACAUCUGAAAAGGCCACUUAUCCUAAUCGAUAUUCCGGUAAACGAAGUUUAUUAACAAUUGAUAUUAGACCGGAAACGGUUGACAAAUUAUCACUUGUAUGCUUUCCACUUGCAUUUACUCUUUUCAAUCUUGUAUAUUGGUGGUACUAUUUAUUCAGUACACUCGAACAUAGUGGAGGAAUGACAGAAUAG